AUGCACUUUCAGUAUGAGGCCUUCGACAUCAACGACAUGACGAUCUACAGCAUCACCGACGCCAGCCACGGUGCCGACUACGACAUCGCCAAGAAGGGAGACCCACUGGGAAACCGGUCACAGUCGGGCCGACUACUACUACUGGGCCCUAGCGCUCUGGAGACUAAGGGAGCCGGCAAUGUGCACAUCCUGGAGUACCACAGCUCGGUGAUACGAAGAGUUUGCCGCUCCACGCUCCAAGCUGAGACGUUGAGCAUGGUGUCAGGCUACGAAGGUGCGGAACAUGUUCGCUCAGUGCUCUAUGGCAUGAACUACGAGGAGGACAAGCACGACCUCAUCAAGGCCAUGGACCGCUACAAGAUCGUGAUGAUGACGGACUGUAAGAGCCUGGAGCAGCACCUACGCCAGCCUGGUUUGCACACUGUCGGAGACAAACGUCUCGCGAUAGACCUGAGCGCCCUGAGACAGCUCGUAUGGCGCCUACCUGGAGAAGAUGUGGGCGACCCUAUGUUGGCGGACAUCCCGCCAUCCUCGGCUACAACAACGGUGCAGUGGAUCGACACUUCCACUAUGGUUGCGGACGGCCUGACGAAGCGGAUGAAGAGCCCGCAGAUCGACGAGUUGAUGGCUACCGGAGCCGUCAACGUUAGCUUCGUCAAGAUAGUGGACAGAAAUGGGUUCGGUGCCAAAGAAAACUUAGGAGUGUGA